UUUAGUCAAUUCCCUCUAAAAGACACACAAACACACACACAAAAAACAUAUUGUUUGCUCACUUGUUGCAGUGCAGAUUCACCGAAUAACGAUCAUUUAAUGCAGGAAACCAUGGGGCUUCUGGAACGUUGUCGAGAGUUGUUUGGGACCACAGAUCUUUAUGGUGUUCUCGGAAUCUCGAGACAAGCAAAUAGUUCGGAGAUCCGUCGCAGUUAUUACAAAGUAUCCCUUCAAGUGCACCCAGACCGAGCUCCUGAUGACGCGCAAGCCACGGAGAAAUUUCAAGUUUUGGGAAAGUUGUAUGCGGUACUGAGCGACAAAGAGCAGAGAGAGGUUUACGACGAGCAGGGCAUAGUGGAUGAGGAAAAUGACUCACUGGAUCAGAACCGCAACUGGGAAGAGUACUGGAGGUUGCUGUUUCCCAAGAUUACAGUACAGGAUAUAAUUGACUUUGAGAAGAAUUAUAAGGGCAGCAAGGAAGAGCGGCAGGAUUUGAUGAAGCUGUAUCGCCAGCAUGAGGGGGACAUGGAUGCCAUCACGGCCACAGCACUGUGCUGCACUCAAGAGGAUGAGCCCCGAAUAGUCAGUCUUAUUCAGGCGGCCAUAGACAAGGGAGAAGUCCCUGCCUACUCAGCGUUCGCACGGGAGAGCGAACAGAAAAGGAAAGCACGCAACAAAAGGGCUGAGAAGGAGAAACAGGAAGCAGAAGAAAUGCAGAGAGAGAUGGGACUGGAUGCUGAAGACGGUCUGGUUAUGAUGCUCAAGCAAAGGCAGAAGUCGAGGGAGCAGGGGUUCAACUCAUUUCUGGCAGACCUGGAAGCAAAAUACUCAAAACCAAGUAAACCCAAGGGAGGAAAGAAAGGAAAAAAGUGAAGAUGGUCGCCGGUUCUAGCCGGCGCUUCUAGCGUAAAUAUGAUCUGUUUUUAGAUUGGUGGUUAUACUUGGCAUGUAUGCCGAAAUAUCUUAUCCAGGGUUUUCUUAAGAUACAAUUAUGUUAAGGUAAAGACUAGGGUGGAUAUCUAGAACCCAUAUGUAACACAUUAAUUACAUGUAUACAUUGUGCAACAUACAGUAAGUACCAUACUUAUGUGAAGGGGUCCAUAAUGUCAAUAGGUUAAUGUAUGUUUUAUAUUGCAGCUCUUUUAUACAGACAAACCAUUAAAAUAUGUUUUAUUUAUGCAAA